AAUGAACCGAAUUAAAAGUUAUCAAAAUGGCGUCUACCAUGACCGCGCUGAGUGUUGGUGGUGAAAGAACCACUGGCCAGACUAUAAGGACGCAAAAUGUUAUGGCAGCAUCAUCUAUUUCAAACAUUGUGAAAACUAGUUUAGGACCAGUUGGUCUCGACAAAAUGCUGGUAGAUGACGUUGGAGAUGUGACUAUCACAAAUGAUGGAGCUACAAUAUUGAAAUUGUUAGAAGUUGAACAUGCAGCUGCCAAAGUUCUAGUUGAGCUUGCAGAUCUCCAGGACCAGGAGGUUGGAGAUGGUACCACUUCAGUGGUUAUCAUUGCAGCCGAGUUGUUGAAGAAUGCAGAUGAAUUAGUAAAGUGUAAAAUACAUCCAACAUCAGUAAUCAGUGGCUUCAGAUUAGCUUGCAAGGAGGCAGUAAAGUACAUCCAAGAGCAUCUUACAAUCAGCACAGAUGAUCUAGACAAGAACUGCAUUAUCAAUUGUGCCAAAACUAGCAUGUCCAGCAAAAUUAUUGGAGCAGACUCGGAGUUCUUUUCAGCCAUGGUGGUCGAUGCAGCAAAUGCUAUCAAAAUGGCUGAUGGCAAGGGAGGUUACAGGUAUCCCAUUAAGGCAGUGAAUGUACUCAAGGCGCAUGGGAAAAGUUCCAGAGAGAGUAUCUUGGUCAAUGGAUAUGCAUUGAACUGCACAGUUGCUGCCCAGGUUGGCAUGCCCAAGAAGGUUGCUAAUGCUAAGAUAGCAUGUCUAGACUUCAGUCUGCAGAAAGCUAAGAUGAAAAUGGGAGUGCAGAUGCUAGUGGAAGACCCCACAAAGCUCGAUGACAUGAGACAAAGAGAGUUUGACAUCACAAAAGAAAGAAUCCAGAAGAUUCUUGCCGCAGGAGCCAAUGUCAUUCUUACUACAGGGGGCAUUGAUGAUCUAUGUCUCAAGUACUUUGUAGAGGGUGGAGCCAUGGCUGUGAGAAGAUGCAAGAAAGUUGAUCUCAAGAGAAUUGCCAAAGCAUGUGGAGGCCAGUUAGUGUUGACCAUGGCCAACCUUGAAGGUGAGGAAUCCUUUGAACCCUCCAUGUUGGGGCAGGCUGAUGAAGUAGAACAAGUCAGAAUUUGUGAUGAUGAACUCAUACUUGUAAAAGGGUCAAAGGCUCGCACAGCAGCAUCUAUUAUUCUGCGUGGUGCCAAUGACUUCAUGGUUGAUGAGAUGGAGAGAUCUGUACAUGAUGCCCUCUGUGUUGUAAAGAGAGUCCUUGAAUCCAAAUCUGUAGUCCCCGGAGGUGGCGCUGUAGAAGCCGCUCUCUCUAUAUAUCUAGAAAAUUUUGCAACAUCCUUGAGUUCAAGAGAACAGCUUGCUAUUGCAGAGUUUGCCCACUCUCUAUUAGUAAUCCCCAAACAGCUGGCUGUAAAUGCUGCCCAGGAUGCCUCCGAUCUUGUUGCCAAACUCAGGGCAUACCAUAAUAAAUCUCAAACAUCUUCAGAGCAUAAAGAUCUAAAAUGGAUUGGCCUAGACCUCUAUGAAGGAACAGUUAGGGACAACAAAGCAGCAGGAGUCUUUGAGCCUGCAAUCUCCAAAGUUAAGAGUUUGAAAUUUGCCACUGAAGCCGCUAUUACUAUAUUACGUAUAGAUGAUAUGAUCAAGCUAGCUCCAGAACAGAAGGAAGGAGGAGGAUAUCAAGAGGCUCUCAGAUCAGGACAGCUAGGAUAACUUAAUUUAUGAGAAUUAUAUGUUGCUGGCGAAUACAUGUAAAGUGUCUGCAUGUUAUAUGAGGCAUUCAGAUGCACCUGUUGGAUCAUAAUGCUGAACGUGAUAAUACUCCACCUUAAACUUUAUAACACUGAAUGCAGACUCUGAUUUAGAUGAUGAUGAAUUUGAGAUCAGUUAGGAACUGACUUGAUUCUAAAAAUCAUGAAGGUUUUGAUAUUUGUAAUAAUAGCUGAAAUUACCUAAAUUUCUGCUAGGACCCUGUAUUAUUAUAUAUCCCCACACUAACUAAACAUGUGUUUUAAAUUAUUAAGAAAAUGUAAUAGAUCUUGAAUGUUGUGCUGUGUCACACAAUAUUGUGUGAUGAUGUAUUGACUUCAACCUAGGCUGUUCCUUUCACAAAAUGUAUCUAAAAUGUCCUGAUCUGUAACACUGCAUCAAAUUAUAAGUAUAAUGUUUGCAGUGUAUUUUGUUUUGUGUACAAUUUUAUAUGAAUAUGAAAAUAUAAACUGUAAAUUAUGAUUGA